GGCGAAGCAAAACCCCAAGCCAAAGGACAGGGGUGCUUUCUCCGUGAGUUCCCGAGCUGCGGCGGCUGCGUCGAUUUCUAGGGCGGAUCUCCGAGCAAAUCUUCCGGCGAUUUGCGGCUCCCAGGCGCGGUAGGAGGCGGCUCGCGAAGGAUUAGGUUGCGUACGGGGCUCGAGAUGGUAACCGUCGAUGCCCCUUUUGGUGCGCGAGGCUGGGCGCAAGGAGACCGCACUCGACCUGGCUAAGUUCGUCGACAAGGGCGUUCAGGUGAAGCUCACCGGCGGCCGGCAAGUAACUGGAACUUUAAAGGGAUAUGACCAGUUGCUGAACUUAGUGCUGGAUGAAGCAAUUGAGUAUGAAAGAGAGCAAGAUGACCCAUUGAAACUGUGUGGGAAAACCAGACAGCUUGGCCUCAUUGUCUGCAGAGGCACAGCAGUCAUGCUGGUGUCACCAACUGAUGGAACCGACGAGAUUGCCAAUCCUUUCCUCGCCGACGGGGCAUAAACCUUGCACUGGUCGUUAUUUAGAACCGUGCUCUCAAAGCACCUUCAGAACUCUCUGUUCCAGUGAGGAAAGAAAACUCCCGUCUCGUGUAUUAUUGUAUCCGUUGCUAAUGAACUUUGUAGUUUGCAUUGAGCAACUUAAAAUAUCGACCUUUUGAGUACU